GCUGCGGACUCCACUUCCCCACCCUGGCCGACCUCAUCGAACACAUCGAGGACAACCACAUCGAUACAGAUCCACGUGUUUUAGAAAAACAAGAAUUACAGCAGCCAACCUAUGUUGCUCUCAGUUACAUUAAUAGGGCUCCAUGGAGAGAAAGUGGAGAAGACCCAGACAGUCCCCCUGCUGCCAGCCCCAUCCAGCAAGAAAGAGGUGAAGGUGGCAUCUUUGGGGCCAAAAAUAAGGCCUGUUCAUGAUUCGUGAGUGAAUUUUAAAUGAUGCUUUAUACUCAGAUUCAUUUCUUUCUGUUUCUUGCAUUACUCCAACACUCGCCCAUCCCUGCCAGAUGUGUUGCUUUUUCCUUCUUCCUUGGUCUCCUGGUGCUCAAAAUCGGCCUAGGACUUUCUCAAGUUUAAGUUUAGCCACUAAAUCAUGUCCCUGUGGUGUCAGUUUCCUUCCCUAUUUGGAGGAUAUGCAAAUAUGCUUGGCUUAAUCCUCAUCACCUGUCCUGUCCCAGAGGGCCCAGACUGCAGGCAGGCCCUGGGGCACUGGGAUGGGGUGCCUAGGAGAAGGCACGAGAAGAAUGAUUGUAAACGGUGGUGGCGCCAGGCCUGUCGGUCGCGCUCCCACUUGUUGGCAGCCCCACAUCUGCUGAGAAGCGUGCAGUUCCAUCCAGGCAGCCACAGCCUCCCAGUGGGAGAUAAGCUGAGCAAGGAGCCCACGUCUGGCAGCCGGAUUCCAGGCCCAGUAGAAUAAUGUCUGACAUUCGGCUCGGGAGCGUUGGGAUGGGUUGCAUGGAGUCGAGUGCACGGGAGCCAGCAGCUGCCCUGUUUUAACUUGGGCUGCUGACAGUUCCUGCUGAGAGCACUUGUUUCUGAAUUCAACAAAUCUGGAAGCUCAACAUUGUAAUUCUGGAUUUUCAUUUGGAAGAGUCAUAUUACUGGAACCCAAACCCUUGCUAACAUUGCCCUCAGGACAUGCUGAUCUUCCCUGUACCGUGGAGUAAAGAAGUCAUCCAGUGCCAGAUGACUGUCCUUGGGAAAAGCAGUAGACAGAUACGCUACACCCACAGGACACAGGCAGUGAGGAUAGUGCCAGGCUCCCCAGGGAACCACUGAGAAUCCUGUGGAGAUGACCGUAAACAACAGCAGCGCUGGUUGUUCCCCCACAUCUGUGUCCUCUUACAGUCCCCUAGGUCUUUAAAGAGAUCCCGUAAGGGGCUACAAUAGGUGGAAGGGAACUUUAACAUGUACAAAGCAGACUGUUUUUCGUCAUCCUAUCACUUCCCAUUCAUUCCAGGCAAGUGUUGGACAUAAUGUUUCGCUGCCAGGGUGAGGAGCUUUGAGAAGAGGUCUCCUUCCUUCUCUAACUUGUUAGAAGCAUGUGUUUCUGGGUGCUCCAAGAGGGUUAUGAAUUACCUAGCACAGAUUAACUUUAGUAAAAGGAAAUAUUUUAGUCAAAUGCUUCCUCUGUUAAAUACUCUCAGCUAUUACGGAAAAAAAAUACCCACUAUUAAGUUUUUAAUACUUUUGCUGACUUGAAAACAUUAUGAAAAGUUCCUAUUAAAAGUUGAUGAUUAUUUUGCUGACUUUAAGAGUGUUUUAUAGCCAAUAUCAAAUGUGGUUUGAACAGCAUUGUCUAAAUGAAAAUGAGACCUUGUUUUAUUUUGUCUCCUACAUUUUUCCUCAUUUUUAUCUUUAUAUAUGAAUUUAUUUCAUUAAUUAUAUAUAUAUAAUCCAAAAAAGUUUAAAACAUAAUAUAAAAAACCCUAUAAAAAUUUAUACUAAGUUCUCUAAAACACUUGAGAAAGUCACUGAAUUUUUCGAGGCAUAUACUUCACUAGAAUGCAAAGUUUGCUGGGGAAAUCAUAAAGUGUGUUCAUGUAGUUAGCUUCUUUCUUCUUCCUCAUAUCUAGGCCUCUAAAGCCUCAUAUUCUUCAUGGAUAAUCCCAAGAGUUAUGAUGACAGUAAUGAAGUAAUAUAACCCCUAACACUCUGCCUUACAUUGCGAGUUCCCAAAGACUGUGUCCUGUACAAGAUAACAAAAAAUGCUCGCUUCUACGGAGACUUUGGGUGAAUCGGUGUCAGCCUGCUGUUAGGACAAACACCUUUCCAGUGAGAUCUGAUCUGUGUAGUUCCAGUAAUCAUGAUUUGUAUGAAAAGUAGUUCUGGCAAGCAAGCGACUGCAAACUUCUCGCCUGUAGAGGGCUCUAUAACACCGUAUUUUCCUAGACAACACUUGGAAAAACCAAAAAACUGGAAACUUGCUGGAGGGGGAAGGGGAAACAGGAGGUAAGCUUUAUAAUGCUUCCAGCAGUCAGUCUGCUUGCAGUCUGGUAAACAGACCAGGGAUUGUGGGCAAAGGCCUUCGCUUUGAGUUUUGCACCAAGCAUGAGAUCAGAUGACUCUGUCCGGACUCAUUACUUUCAUAGCCUCGAGCUAGUUCACACAGCAGCAGGAGUCCACUGAAAAGGCAUUUCAGAAGGAGACCAGAGAACAUGGCGGACAGACAACAGCAACUACCAGAGGCUCUCUGAAAGGUUCGGCUCAGAGGCCAGAAAUAAUGCGGACUAGGGAGACACGAAUCAGUAGAGAUAUGCUCUGCUGACUCAGGAACGAACUGGGCUGAGAGAAUCCAACUUGGAAUACAGUCCUGGCGCUAAAAUAGGAACAGAAAAAUCUCGGUGUGGAGGCUCGACUCCGCGCCAUCGGAAACCGGUUUGGAUUUCCCGCCGUGCGGCGGCCGGCUAUCUCCACAGCGGCUCAGCAAGGAGAGACGCGCCGAGCUCUGGGAGCGCCGAGCUCUGGGAACGGGAGAACGGAGUCGAAAAAAAAAGGACGGACAGAGGUGUACACGAAAACUGACUGGUGGCGAGGUGAGUGAGAAUCUGACCCCCCACCACAGUUUGACUCUAGCGGAGAUCUCUCUGGGCGCCAUUCCCCUCUCGGACGGGAUUGGAGAAAAGUGCCUGGCCUGAGUGACGCUGCUGGCGGACUCUCUAGGCUAGACUAGCCUAACCCAGAUCCCAGAGCCGGACGAUGGCCCGGAGGAGCGACUGACUUCCGCGUAGGCUGCCUCCUCCGACUCCCUGGUGCGCAGCGGUGGGCGGGAACAACUAGCCAGCGCAAUUUGAUCAGGCUGUGGCUGACAGGCAGGGAAGCCGGGCCUCCUUUGUAAGAUUGCAUUUUAUAAGGAACAAAAAAUAUGGGGAAGGGAAGCAACAAAAAAAGCUCCUCGGCCCCCAACCCUGAGAAACAGGCAAUAAUGGAUGCCGCACCAGUAUACAUUAAGCACCAUAUUGAGAGCCUCAUAGACCAAUUCAGGAAUGAAGUUAUCAAUGAUCUGAAGCUAGAAGUAUGCAGAAUAGUUAGAGAAAUGCUAAACACCACCCAGGAAAAAACAGAUGGUGGAAUGGAAGAACAGAAAAAGAGGGGAGAAUUGCUUGAUGGAGAAAACAGAGAAAGCAUUGAGUAUGUGAAGCAGGUUCAAAGGGACUAUCAAGAAAUUAAUAAGUCUAUACAAGACUGGCAUAACAGCUUGAAAGAAACUAAGGACAGACUAUCUGAACUGGAGGGCAGACUUGAAAUAUGGGAGAAUGAAAUGAAAAACUUCUUAAAAAUAACAAAGAAACAAACAGCAAUAAUACAAAGACAAGAAGAUGAUAAGAGGAGCCACCACUUAAGGAUUAAGAACAUAGAAGAAGAAGUAGGGACACAAACAAGUGAAUUACAAAAGCUACUCACAGAAAUAAUCCAGGAGAAUUUUCCUAAUUUAGCAAAAGGUAAAGAUACUCAGCUGUAUGAGGCAUACAGGACCCCAGCUACCUACAACCCUAACAGAGAAACACCCAGGCAUAUAAUAAUAAAAAUCCCAGAAAUUCAAUACAAGAACAGAAUAUUAAAAGCUGUAAGAGACAAGAAACAGAUCACUUACAAAGGAACACCCAUCAGAAUUACAGCAGAUUUCUCUUCACAAACCAUCAAAUCACGAAGAGCAUGGGGGGAAAUAAUUCAAGCUUUGAAAGAUAAUAAUCUCCAGCCAAGAUUGAGAUAUCCUGCACAACUGUCCCUGGAAAUUGAUGGAAAAACGAGGUGCUUCCAGGAUAAAGAGGAACUGGGGGAAUUUGCAACCACCAAUUCAACUCUACAGAAAGUAUUGCAGGAUAUUCUAAAAAAAGAAAAAUACAAAGAACCCAGAAAUAGUGGCAGGGAGGCCACAACGAAUGGAGCAGAGAACAAAAUGAAGAAGACAAACUGACAGCUACUGACAGAAAAAGAGCUCAACAGAAAUGAGACAGAGAAGAUUGGAUGAUAGGAACAGCUAUUUUUGAGAAAAUGACAUCUUAAUAGGUAAUGCUGAUUCAGUACCAUCUUGUUUUGAAGUCUCAUCUAGCUUUUGUUCUUCUGUCUCCAAUGGUCUAACCAGGUUGUAUCUUAUUGGAUUUUGUUAUGUAUGUUAGUAUAAGCAAAAACCUUUUAAAGACAAGGAGAUUAUACAGAGACCAUUGUUCAUUUUCUGUUAGUCAAUUCCAAAUACUCUAUAAUGCUGUCAUUCUCUUAAAUGGUUUUACAUUGUUUUGAUAUACUUAAUGCUACAGUAUAUGAAGUUGUACUCAAGGACUUCAGGGAGGGAGUCAAUAUGGUAACUAUUUUUAAGUCGGAAAUAUCUGGUGGUGAAACACUAUUCUGCUUAAAAGGUUAUGUCUUGAUCUGCCCUGUUUCGCUGUUAUGCCCUCUUUUUCUUUUUCUCAAUCUCCACUCCAUUAUAUACUUUUUUAUUGUUAUCCAUUUAAUUAAAGGGAAAAAUAUAGCAGGAUAUAAUAUAGUAACCCACUUUGACUUUCUAUUUUCUCGAUUUGAAGCCCUGUAUUACUCUCACCAUCUUGUUUUUGACUGAGGUUCCUCUAUUCUGUUUUGCUGAAUAGUAUCAGGUUCGAAAGUUUAGGCAUCAGCUGAGAAGAUGAUGAGAUUCAUUAUAACGCCCAUUCUCGUUGACUUCUAUCUACUUUUGAAGACCUACAAUAUCUCCAAUGUUUUGGUUUUGUCGGUUUUAUCCUUUAUGGUUUUGUUCAAUAGUAUUACAACUAAUGAUAUAGGCAAUUCUAUUAGAAAUAGCGGGAGGCAUUAGGGUAACCAUUGUUGAUCACCUUGUAUUAUGUUUUUAUAUUAUCUAUUAUAUCCACCCUUUUGACUUGACCGAUUCUGUUCUGUUAUGUCACAUUUGGUUUUACUCUCUUCCAAAAAAGCAAUAAGAACAGUGGGAGCAAUGAAAUCCAAAAUGUGUAAUAGUCACUGUACAAAAGAGAGGAAAAGAAAAUGCUCUAAACUAUAUAACUGCAUGUAUAUUUAAAUGUAUAAGACAGAAAAUGAUAUCACAGAGUUCUAAUGGAUCAUUGAACAGAACUGUUUGCAGUAUCAUUGCUGGAAUGUCCACUCUACAAACUUUAAUUCUGUGACUUGAACAAUUAUUUCUAAGAUGGCAAUAUGUAAUCUAUUAACUAGUGAUUUCCUACUGCGCAUUUUUUUCUUCUGUAAAUCUGUAUAACUUGUACCCUUCACUGUUUUUUUUUUUUUUCUUUUCUUUUCUCCUUAAAUAAAAAUUAAAAAAAAAAAAAAAAAAAAAAAAAGGCAUUUCAUUAUUGAAACUGAAACUGGUACUUGUAACUGCCGAUUAGUAGUAGUCAGGUUUUUUUUUAGUAUUUCAAGUAAUUUACAAACCGUUUACACACAUAAAUAGAAAGCUUUAAAUACUGAUGUUCUAUAAAAAGUAAAUAAAAUAUUUUUGUGCAUUACAACUUAAUUAAGUGGCAUGAUUUCAUGUCACAAAUUUAAAAUGGGACAGGUGAGACUUGCCAACAUUACUACAGCUGUGUUUUACAUUAGGAAAUUAAUUAAAAUGGUCAUUUAUGCCCCUUUUUUCACCUACAGUUAUUUAGACCUCACUAUAUUACACCAUAUAUUUUUCCUUCAAUCGCUACAUUCUGGUAAUUUAUUCUAGCAGGGAGUAUCUCAGUCUGUUGCUGGUGGAAGGGAAAAGAGGAAACAUUCAGUGAAAAAUUUGGCCUGUGCUACCAGGAGGGGGUGCCUUCACAUUUAUUGACAGGUUCCCUCGUUUUUUCCCUGCCUUAGCCGAAUUUAAAUUUCUGUUUCAUGAGAAGAGUUUUUUCUGGUAUCAGUAAAAAGAGAAGCAGAAAAAUCUUUGACAUGCCAUGUGACACAUCCUUAUUUGGACUUAGCUGUUUAUGUGAGACCUUAGGUUUGAAGCUGACCUUCUCAUAUAGUUUUGUUAUGGAAUGUGCUAAACCUAAAGCAAAUUAAAACAUGCCUAAGGAAAUAGUGAAUCUGCAGUUAGCCAUACAAAUAUUGGUCUGAUUUUAGAUAUCAAAGCUAAAUAAAGACUCCCUCGAGAUAUCAAGAACAAAUCCAUCACUCUGUACUUAUUUACUGUGGUUAUUUAUGUUAACAAUUAUAAAAUAAUUACUUGAUGAAGUUUUAACGACAAAGGCAAUGUUGCUCCCCAAGAGACAUCAGUUGCCAAACGAGGCUGAAGUUUUGGAAAACAACUAAGGACUUGGUGUACUAAAACAUCACUGUCACCUCUUUAUUGUUGGGUAUGAUUUACAAUAAUGGGCUAAUCUGGUGGGGCUGGGGCUUUUUGUAGUUCCUCCAGUACCAAAAGUGUUUCUCUCGAGGGAGUCACCCCUGUGAGAUAGUCCCUUGGCUUGGGUUUUAAGUGUAGCAGUCAAAGAGGAGUCCGAGGAAGAAGUUUCUGCAACAUGCACACAGGAAAACCACUACAGUCAUUUAUAAUAAUUUUCUUCUACAGAUCAUGUACUUAACAGUACUUUGAGAAGCAUUCUUUUCCCACUUGAUAGUACUUGAAAUGAUUGGUAAUUAAUUACUUAAUAGGCAUCCCAGAUAAAAUGGGACUGCUCUUGGCUGUAGAUAGUCCUCAAGAGCACGCCAGCACACAGCUGAGCCCCUCUUUCCUUUUGUAACCGUAACUCAAGCCUGUUGUGUGCUUUGCAGCACAUCUGGCAUACUUAACUUAUUGCUGUGUUUCCUGGAGUUGUCUUGUCAUCACAGAAUGCAUCCUCGUGCUUUUCUGUUAUCUCUAGUGCUAAUAACUAUAUUUUCACAGCAAAAUAUGCUGCUGUAAUUCUUUAUAACAUUCAUGUGCUACAAUUCCACUUGUCUUUGAAAAUUUAAAUGAUAGCUUUAAAAAAAAAAGUUUGCUUCACAGCUCCGAGCAUGGGUGACUGAAGGUCUUUAUUCCUUACUGGGACUACCUCCCCCAGUUUUUCCAUUUUAGUUGCUAUUUACAACUUGAGGCCAGCUCCAAAAUUUUUCUCUCAUGAGAACUCAAUAGUCCUAAUUUUACAAAAUAUAAUUGUAUAAUCUGGGCUGUUGAGAUGGGCCACCUACAUGGGUUAAGCAUUUAAAGUUGCCCUUUACUAGGACCGUGUCUCAGUGCUGCUCUGUUGCUUGCUAAGCAGGAAUCUUCAGUCACCUCUUCUACUUUUAAGAACAAUACUUCUGUGAUUGAGAAGAAAAGUGUAAAGACAGAAGGCUGAGCCAAAUGACUUCACAAAAUCCAUGUUCAGAUUAUUGAUGUUAAUAAAAUUCAGAACAGGCGUAAGCAUUUCUUUUUAACAUCUAGCAGCAGUUUAAUAUAAGCACACCAAAUUUCACUUUAAAUCUCAUUCAUUGACUUUUCCCCCUAAGUUAUUGCCACUAUUUUUCCUUUCACUCCUUGAUUCAUUUUGAAAAGUUACAGUAAACAGACCUGUCAAAUUGUUCAAAAUUGUGAAAAUUUGCCUAGUGGUAAAAAUUGCCACAAUUACAGAAAAUGACUGGUUUCAACUCUGCUUUCCAGUUUCUACUAUAGCUCUUUGCAGGCAAUAUGUGCUCAAUUGCUGCCUGGCUGUGUACAUACAUGGAGAAAUUCAAAUACUACAAAAUAUUAGCAGCUCUUGUAUCCGUCACCUUUCUGUUUCUGGGACAAAAUACCUAACAUAUAUAACUUAAAGAGAAGAGAUUUAGUUAAGCUCAUGUUUUCAGUCCAUGAUUACCAAGGCAAAAAUGGUGGAAAAGCAUGAUAGAGCAAAGCUGUGCACUUCUUGGAAGCCAGGAAACAGAGGAGAGGCAAAGAGAAAGGAGCUAGAGACCUGACAUGGUCCCCAACCUCAUCCUCUCCUUGGCACACCUGGCUUGUACUUUGUGAAUCUCCUCGGCCUCAGUCAAGCCAAUCACACUGACAUCGACUAACGGUCCCAAGUCUGUAGACAGCAUCUGUAGAUGCUGUCUGGAAACUGCUACUUUUUCUCCUUUGCUGAAGAUGGUACAAAGAUGCCUGCAAGAUGAUCUUUGCUCUACAAGUAUUUUGAGCUAACUGAUGAAAUGAUAUAAAUUUAUGUGAGCAACAGUAAAAUAACCAAUGCUGAAGCUUGUGAUUUUCUUAUUUUGGAAUUAGUGUUCAGACACAGAUAAAUACUGGUCAGAGUGAUGAUGAAGAUAUAACAAUCCAGAGUUUGAAAGAUCGUUAGGAUAUUUUUAAGGGCAUCUGAGCUAAAAAGGAAGGAGAGGAGAAAAAAAAUAGAAAAAAUUAAUUAAAUUUCAAUAUAAAAAUUGUAUAUUCUUUAUAUUAGGGUGGGUUUGAUUAUAUAGUAGUAACCAAUAAUCUCCAAAUCUAAGUAAAUGCAACAAGAAUUUGUUUUGCUCUCUCUUGAUGCCCACUAUGGCUGGUUAAGAUUACCCUUACUGUUGUUACUCAAGAACUCUGUCAGCUUUGUCUUGAUAUAUAUUCUAAUGGCGAAGAAGAUAACUAGAAACCCAGGACCUUCACACUGAGCUAUACCCAACCCUUUUUAUUUCUAGAUGGGGGUCUCACUAAAUUGCCUAGGCAGAACUCGAACUUGCAGAGUGCUGGGAAUAUGGAUGUGCACUACAAUACAUGAUUUUAGUACAUGUGGCAUCAUCACUAUAUUGUAACAAGUACCACUCUGAAUCAGCAUUGCUAUGCAUAUGGCCAAAUCAAGUCAUAUAUCGUGUCUAACCUCAAGGGGAACAAAGAGGUAUAUUCCUGGUGCAUUUUGUGCCCAAAAUGUACAGCCAGAAAUACUUGCAGAACAGCAUCAGUGGUUGGCAUGUUGCUCUAUGUAAUGUUUGGCAAACCGAGAGUGUACAAUUGUGAUCCCUCUUUGAGCUUCCCACAUGGAAAUACUCUCACUGUUGUCUCAAAAUACAUCAUACGUCUGCAAAGGACACGUAACAGCCCCUUGCUAGUUCUCGCCUUAGCAUUGGGCAGAAGACAUAAAUGAGUAGGGUUGGGGACUACUGGAAAAUAAGGAGUGAACUUGAGGAACUGUGGUCUUUUUAUGGGACACAGGUUCCUUCCCUGCUUUCAAGUUCUUUGUUGCUGUGUAAGAAUUUGGGUUUGGUGAUACUGAAGCUGCUCAUUUUCCCAGAGAACCUGGAAGUCUGGAUUUUCACAUGAGAUUCAGGUUUUUCAUUCUUGGAUCAGUAAUCUAGGUCACCAGUUUACGAUCUUUAACCCAGCUCCUAAUGUAGCCACUAAAUAAUUGCAGUAGGAUUACAACUUUCCCCAAUAGAAGUUUUACACAUCAUUUGUAAGAUUGGGUUAUAAAUAUCCUUACCAGGAAGAUAACAGGCAAGAAAAUACUUUAUAUCACAAAUUUUCUUGUAGAGUUGGAGCUAUGGGAGGAUGAGGCAAACUGAGGUUAUUGCUUAAUGACCUUUAAUUAAAUGAAACCCUUUCUGAAAUAUGCAAAUAAGAAAAUAUUUAUCAAAAACUUGAAAUGUCCCCCCAAAA